GUUUUCUAUAGUACCUAGUGUAGGCUGUUCAAAAAUGAAAAUUAAAGUCGUGACGAAUGACUGUAUAAUUCAUAACGAUUUAGCUAGUUCUGUUGACUGGGUGUCUUGCGAUGAAAUAAUUUCGACUGCUGAUGACCGAGUUGUUAAAUAUUGGAAUCUGAUAUCAGAUCAAGUGUCAGACUUAUUCAGCUUGCCGCAAAAUGUAUUUCCAACCUGUAUGGACUGGCAUCCUAGACAAAGGACGAAACAAUCUACCAAGGCUGCAAGAGGGAGUGAAAUAUUCUUACUCGGAGCUACUGAUGGGAAAUGCCACAUAAUUUCUAAAGAGAAAAGAAUAGAGAGAACUUCGGAUGCUCAUCAAGGGGCUGUUCUAUCUGCGAAAUGGAAUUUCGAUGGAACUUCUUUUGCCACAUCUGGAGAAGACGGACAAAUAAAAAUCUGGUCACGGAGUGGGAUGUUAAGAUCCACUUUGUGUCAACACAGUUAUCCGAUCUACUCGUUUUCAUGGGGUGAUAACUCUAUUAUACAAUCUCUUCAAGCGAAUGUUAAACCUUUUGCCUGGAAAGCUCAUGAUGGUGUCAUUUUGCAAGUUGAUUGGAAUGUCAUCAACAAUCAACUUAUUUCCGCUUCAGAGGAUUGCAAAUACAAAGUAUGGGACAAUUACGGGAGGCUCUUGUAUUCGAGUGCACCUUUUGAAUAUCCAGUUACUUCGAUUUCAUGGUCUCCUGAUGGUCAGUUAUUUGCAGUUGGAUCGUAUGCUACUGUAGUGUUGUGUGAUAAACUUGGGUGGAUUCAUGCUUUGGAGAAAACACAUACUGGUAGUGUUCUGAGUAUCAAAUGGUCUCCUGAUGGUAAUCAAAUAGCGUGUGCUGGUGGAAAUGGUCGAAUAAUUAAUGGAUAUGUUACUGAAAGAUGUUUAGAAUGGAAUGGUUUUGAAGCAGUGUUAACAGAUGAACGAACUGUUGUAUUGCACAAUCUACGGAAUGAAUCGAUAGAACGUUUAGAAUUCCGUGAUCGCGUAUCAAAAGCAUCAUUCAGUUUCAAUUACUUUAUUGUAGUAACUAGCACUCAGUGCUAUGUAUACAAUAUUAAAAAUUUCAAUACACCCACCAUUAUUGAACUUAAAGAGUCCAACGUUACUCAUAUUUCUCAAUGUCAGAAAUAUUUUGCUUUAGCUGAUGGAUCCAGUGUGUAUAUCUACAAUUAUGAUGUACGUCUUGUUUGUUCAUUAAAACAUGCUAAUAUACACGCGGAACAAAUUUAUGCAGAUUCUUUAACUAUGAGCAAUGAUGUAAUUGGUAUUAAAGAUCAAUUAGAUAAGAAAAUUAUUCACUUAUUUGAUCCAUCGAGUGGUAAAACGCUCGGUGAUGGGAAACCAAUAUCACAUUCGAAUGAAAUUAUUAAAAUCAGUUUAAAUCAAAUGGGUAAUUCAUUUGAUCGUCGAUUGGCUCUGUUAGAUAAUAACAAAGACUUAUAUUUAAUGUCAAUUAGAAUACUUGGUAAUCAAAGGAAAAUGGUUAAAUUAGCUACAAUGGUUAGUUCAUUUCUAUGGGCUGAGACAUCAAAUAUUUUGGCAGCCAUAACAAACGAUAAACUUGUCAUCUGGUUCUAUCCUGAUAUUGCACUGACCAAUAGUGAUAUACUUAACUUAACACAAGAAGAACAUAACAUAAUUGAUGAUUAUGGGAAACAAUUAGAAUUGAUUAAUUUUUAUCGAGAUCGAAUCAUGAUAAAACGGGCUGAUGGAAGUACUGUUUAUUGUCCGAUUUCAAUUUACCCUGAUAAACUACAUCAAUUAAUUGGUCUAAGUAAAUGGAAUGAAGCACUCAAGUUGUGCUGGACAGUUAAGGACCGGAUUCUUUGGGCAUGUUUAGCUGGUAUAGCAACAAAUGCUAAAAUGUUGGAUGUAGCGGAAAUAGCAUUUGCUGAAAUUGAAGAAGUCGAUAAAGUGGAAUAUAUUCGAUAUAUCAAAAGUUUACCUACAACAGAAAUGAAAAAUGCUGAAAUGUUACUUUUAUCAGGUGAAUAUCAAGAGGCUGAAGCAAUUCUACUACAGAAUCAUUUAUAUUUUCGUGCUAUCAUGCUCAAUUUGCAUGCAUUUAAAUGGAAUAGAGCACUUGAAUUGGCAAAUAAAUAUAAUUUAGCAGUUGAUAUUGUAUUAUCAAUGAGACAUGAUUAUUUAAAACAAUUAAAUCGUGUUGAAGAAUUACAUUUAUUCAAUUCACAAUCAAAACAAUUUGGAUAUAGUAGUGAAUUCUUGAAGAGUUUCUUUGUCAAUAAUGGUUAACAGUCAGAUUUUUGGAUACAGUUCUACUUUGGUAAACUUUUCAUCUCAUAAUAUAAUAAGUAUGGUAGACUAGGACAUUGUAGUGGUGUCUUUUUCUUCUCCUGUAACAUAUGCACUAAGCUUAAUAAUAAAAUAGCACUGGUUACGCCUUAAUAAUCAACUGGUGUGUAGACAUAUCAGUUUUAACGGGUCAAUCACUAAUUGCAUAAGAACUCAGUGAUAACAGCUAUAACAAAAACACAGAUCCAAGUCACGUGAGUCAAGCUAAUGAUCACAAGAUUGUAGAUAUGUCUUGUUGAAGUGUUAACUAGAUUAAGCAAAUCUAUCUGUUAAGUUGGUUUCAAUAACCUAAUGAGACAGUGUACUGUAGUGUUACACCGAUAUUUGAUAUGGACGAAUAACUGGGAUAGGUAAAAAGUUUAUAACUUUUCUACGGAAAAUUAUUAUAUAUAUUUUUGUUACGUAGUUGUUAAAUGUUUAUGACAUUUUUAUAUUACCGUUAUUGUAGGUUUUAAUUUAACCGAUAAACCGUUACUAAACUACCGUUAAUUAAUAAUGCACCUUAUGUAUACAUUAGGAUUUCAUCUUGGUAGAUCGUUGUUGUCAUCCAUUUUGAUAUAUACAAUCCUGUGAAUCGUAGGAUAAAGCAAGCAGAGAAGCUGAGUCUAUUCGCUAUCUUCGUGUUCUGACUGGCUACAUGGACCAACAGGUGUUCAUAUUUCCAGUCGUUAUUGGUCACUCGUGUUGCCGUUUGCGGUGGUGAUUGGUUUUAUUAGAAUCGAGCGAACUCAUCAUUAGUGGAUACUAUGAUCGAGUGGGCAAGUGAAAGUUCAAAGGUUAUCACAAAUAAAGACUAAAUAAUAUAUGUAUUGGUCAGUUGGAGUGAACUUCUCAUUCUAAAAUUAAGACAUACGCUUUCGGUUAGAUGAAGUGGGUUUUUUCGUACAUGAGGACUAUCCACUGCAACUAUUAUUAUAGAGUAGUGAACUAGUUAUUACUUUUAGUAUAUUACUGAAAUUUUAACAGCAUACAAAUUAAGCACUGGAUAGUUAAGAUCAAUCAGAUAGAUUAGUUCAGGGCCGAACGAUAAGAGCUGUUGAUAUGAGGACACUACUGGUCACGAUUCGGCUCAACUAUCGAAAGAAACGGACAUACACCAAUAGCUGAGAAUCUGGCUAAAUUUUCCGGGGAACAUAUGUCUGUAUUAAUGAAUUUGUGUAUAUAUUUUGGUUCGGGUUAACCAAUAAAAAUUUUAUACUCUUGGUUUUUCACUCAAUCGGGAGUUUGAGUUCGCGUAUAGGGAAGGUAUAUAUCAGUAUCAGAAAACGGAUGACCGCCUCAACACAACAGAACUAAUAUUUGGCUACUACAUAACUUUAGUUUAAUUAUUGGUAUUUCAAAUAGUAAUGAAGAUAUAUUUCUUUUUUAAGAGUACAUUGGAUGCAUCGGAAUUGAAAGAAAGAAUUGAAGAGGAAUAUCUAAAUGAGAAGAAACAACUCCAAGAAUUAUCAACCACUUGAAAAAUAUAUCAAACAAUGUACGAGCAUGUAUAUGAACCGCAUAUUUUUCAAAAACGUGUUUACCCUUAUGAUUCACUAUUAAUAAUAACGAUCAAAAUUCGAUUGUUGUUUCUCAAUUAUGCUGUGAUUUCACAUUUUUGAAGUUAAUUUUCUAUAUUGACUAA